UUUUCUGUUAUUCUUUUCAUCCUUCUAUGCUAAGAUCACAGUUCAAAUGGACAUCUACACCUCCACUUUGUCACCAGCGCUGGACAUCGGCACAGGAUGUUAUCUGCUGGUUAUAGCUGUUUUCUCCAUCGUGGGAAACCUGCUGGUCAUCAUCAUGGCGGUUAAAAGGUCAUCAAAGAUGAAACCGCCAGAGCUGCUGAGCGUGAAUCUGGCAGUGACAGACCUGGGAGCAGCUGUUACCAUGUACCCCCUGGCUGUGGCCUCUGCCUGGAGCCACCACUGGCUGGGAGGAGAUGCUACCUGUACAUAUUACGGUCUGGUGGGGUUCUUCUUCGGCGUUGCCAGCAUCAUGAAUCUGACUAUCUUGGCCAUAGUGCGCUUCAUUGUGUCCCUCAAUCUGCAAUCUCCCUGUCAGAAAAUCAGCUGGAAGAAAGCAAAGCUGCUGUGCAUGUGGAUCUGGCUGUACGCUCUGAUCUGGGCUCUGUUUCCCAUUCUGGGCUGGGGAAGGUACGGGCCAGAGCCCUUUGGCCUGUCCUGUUCUCUUGCCUGGGGACAAAUGAAACAUGAGGGCUUCUCUUCCUUUGUCAUCUCCAUGUUCUCCUUCAACCUAGUCAUACCCUCUGUCAUCAUCACCUGCAGCUACUUUAGCAUCGCCAUCAAGCUCUAUUUCACCUACAAAAAGUCGAUGAACAAGAACAACCGAGUCCUCAAUAUUGUCAAGAUCCAUCAAAGGCUGUUAAUAAUCGCUGUGCUGAUCAGCAUAGGCUUCAUAGGCUGCUGGACGCCCUACGGCCUGGUAAGCCUGUGGUCUAUUUUCAGGGACAGUAGCGCCAUCCCACCUGAAGUCAGUCUCCUGCCGUGCAUGUUUGCAAAGAGCUCCACCGUAUACAACCCUAUAAUCUACUACAUCUUCAGCCAGAGCUUCAAAAGGGAGGUAAAGAAGCUGUGCUGGUUGUGCCUACCCUUUAAACCAGUGGACAUUUCCAACAACAUCAAUGACAAUAACAUUUAUAUGAUUAAUGUUGACAAUAAGUCCAGAGUAGAAGCACAGCCUACUUUGCAGGAAAUCACAAAGACAGUAGGUUUAUCUCAGUUCUCUUAAUACCCUCCCUUGCUUGUUUUCCUUGCGCCUUCUCCCCGCCCACUGGGGAUACACGGAGAGAUGCAAGGAAACCAUGCGAGGAUAGAAGAAACGAGGAAAUCAUUUCUCACAGAAUGGAGACAUCUUUUCCUCCGUAGAGUCACGUAAAGCGGCACCUGAUCGCAGCUGGAUCAGCUGUCAGCUGUAGAGAAUGUUGAUGGAGUUUGUGUCUGCACAUAUCUACCUCAGUCGAGGCCAAUCUCCACAUUCACUCCAUUCACAACAGACCGUGUCUACUGUAAGCGUUUGGUUGAAAUAUUUUUCUGUUUACUGUUCAUACCAUUAACAUAUUGUUCUUUUAGUUUAAAACAACAAAUAGUUAAAAACAGUCAAGUGUCUUUAGAGUUAGUCAAGUUCACUCCCAUAAUUAAGGCAACAGGAAAUAUUUAUACAUAUAAUUUAUGUGUACUUUUGGAGUGUUUGUUUGUCACCUUGCAUUUCCUCAGAACUCUGACUAGACUUAUGUUUAUCAUCAUGAAGCUGUGGUAGCUCUGAAUAACUAGAGAUAUUUUCACCUGACAGGAACGGGUACAGGCCCACACGACUUUAUUUUCCAGAUUACAGAUCUAAGCGAAUGUGGCUGCCCAGUGACACAGAUGCACUGCAGCCCGAGAGUGAGAUAGGAAUGAUGCAUGGAUUCUCCUGUUUGCUAUAAUAUAAAGUAAAGAAUGCUAUAUUAUCACUGCCGCUGGUCAACUACACAAUUAAUGGGAGGCCAAAAUAGCCCUCAGGCCACCGGGAAAUCACCCGGUUCUCCCGAUGGCCAGUCUGCUAAUGUGCACUGUGCUAAUAAUAAUAAAGGCUCACACUUGUCUUUCCCAGAGCAGCAUGUUUUCUCUCUGUAACUGUUACCUGUUGAACAAACACCUGCACAUGAAGAAUAACUUGCAUUCUGUAGUUAUACUGUGUAGCCUACUGCUCAGAGGCCCUGGAUCACAAUGUGUUUAUAUUCCAGUAUGAAACUGCAGUGAUGUCAUGAUGUACCAGAUCAGUGCGAUCAGCUGCAACGUCCAAUCAACAACUGAUAACCAAUAAGGGGCCAUGUCGGACAGUAAAAGAUUUCCAUGAAGGCUGCUCUCAUGUAUCCUCGCUCAUGGCUCAGAGAUCACUCCUCCAUCCUUGAUGCACAAAUAAGAGCUAUGGCACAGCCUGCAAGAUGGCAGACCAGAACAAUUUCAUGUUUAAGCAAGAAUUGAGGAGUGAGAAAAUGACAAAUAAGAGAAUUGAGAUGCAGCUAGUGUCUGUGGGUUGAAAGGCAUCUUGGUGAUAUGCUUGUUCAACAGAGACUUUUGUGAUGUUAACAGUUAAAAAGGGGGUGUCUCAUAAUGUGUUGUCUCAUAAACAUUAUCAGGAUAGAUAAAACAACUGGUGUGUGCUGUAACACCUACAAGCGGGGUAAAACUGGCCUCUUUUUGUGUGUGGCCAUAAUGAAUGAGAGGUUGUGUUUGUACAAUAUUUAAAUGCUAUGAAAGUUCAGCCCACUAAGCUAUACAUAAGAGUUAACUCUGUGCUUACAGGUGGCAAACCUCCUGACAACAAAUCAGAAUUUUCCCAAAUAAUACUGACAAUAUAAGUUCAGAAACGACGUGUCCAAUUACAUAUGUGCUAAAUGUUUUUAUUAAAUUUUCUUGUUUCAUAAGUCUACCUCUAAAAACAUUUACAAAUACAACAAAUAUUGUCCAUGUUUACCCUGUCUAAUAUUAUAAAAUUUUGGGAAAUACACUUUUUCUACGGUUUCUUGAGGACAGUAGGAUUAGAAGAUCAACACCACGCAGAUGUUUCAGUACAGUAAUUAUAAAGCUACAGACAGGAGCCUGUAAACUUAGCCAAGCAUAAAUACUGUAAAUAAGGAAAAACAGGCAGCUGGGCUCUGGGCAAAUCUAACAGAAUCUGCCACAAUGUUGAGAUACAAGGUUUUUUAUUAUUAACUCUCGACAAGAAAGUUAACAAGCCUAUUUCCCAAAAUGUCAAACUUAUUCUUUAAACGUUUUUCUUUAAACAUCUACGAGCUUGAUUUGACAUUUGUGACGUUGGAAACAGCAGUUGACAAAAGCUACUACUUAUGGUCUACUAACUCUCUUGUUCUGGACCUUAAGACUGUAUUACACAGUCCUCGAUAAUUCAAAGGAGCUUUCCUGGCAUGAUGAACAGAGGUUUACAUUGCCAAAGCAAUUGUAAAAUAAAAACUACCAAACAAAAAACAUAAAUAAAUGUAUUAUUAAAAUUAUAAGAAAAUGUAACAUAAACGUGGAUAAGAUUACUUCAAUUAAAUUCAAAGGGCUUUAUUGGCAUGAGAGUUUCAAGAACAAUGUUGCCAAAGAAUCAAAAUAUAAAUUGUCCAAAUGUCUGGACAGCACACAAUAACAAUAAUAUGAACAUUAACACAACAUUAUGUACUAUUUAUGUCA